CGUGCGGGAUACACCCACGAAGAACAACGGACUUGUCUUCACCGGGAUUUUUUUCGUUCUGCUCGCAUCCUCGGCCCACGCCAUGUCGUCGGCUGUCACCGAGACAGAGGAGUCAGCGCGCAGAUCCCCGCUCACACCGCUCAAGCUGGUGGGGCUGGUGUGCGUUUUCCUGGCGUUGUGCCUGGAUUUGGCCGCCGUGAUGAGUCCCGCGUGGGUGACGGCUGACGACCAGUACUACCUGUCCCUGUGGGAGUCCUGCUGGAAGCCGACGAGCACCGACAAGUGGCAGUGCAACACCACGCUAAACUCAGACUGGCAAGUUGCCACACUGGCGCUGUUGCUAGGAGGCGGAGCCUUGGUGCUCCUGUCAUUCCUGGUGGCUCUGGUGGCCGUGUGCAUCGGCACCAGACGGCGAUUCUACAGGCCUGUCGCAUUCAUGCUCUUUGCUACAGUGGUCCUGCAGGCCUGCAGCUUGGUGCUCUAUCCCAUCAAGUUCAUUGAGAGCAUCAACCUGAAGAUUUACCACGAGUUCAACUGGGGCUACGGCCUGGCCUGGGGCGGGACCAUCUUCGCUUUCGGCGGUGGCGUCCUCUACUGCCUCAACCCCAAGAGCUACGAGGAGUACUACUAGCUCCCAUUCACCAUGCUAGGGAGAGGCCUUCGAGAAAGCGGGAGAUGUGAUGGGGGAGGUUUGAUCCACAUGAAUUACUCAUUUCCCAAGAGCUCUUAGAGACUAGUGUACACAAGUUCACACUGUAGCCUCUAUUGUCAUGUCAGCGGAGAGCCGAGCCAUCAGGAAAGGUGAGCAUGGAACUUAUCCCCCAACAUACGUAAUCAAUAACAGAAAAGAGAAAAUCUGUACAGAAUGACCAUCCUCAUCCUCAUAAAUGGACUUCCAGGAAGUUCCUCUCUGUCAAUCUAUUGACUCUUGUUUCAGUCACCGUAGCAACCUUGCAGGGUACACGCGCAGAGCCGGUACGAUUUGAUGUGCUCUCAUCUCCCGUAAAGUCGGUCAGAUUGUCAUAAAACAGUGAACACGUUCAUUGAAAGCCGUUGUGAUAAUUAAAUCAGCAGGUACGUUUGUCUAGAAGAAAACUGGAUAUUGUCUGGUAGACAGCUUAGUAUUUUUGUGCUUAGUGUGAAAAUUUUGAGAACCAAUGAAUGGGCAAAAGAAGACAACACACAAAUAUAGGGCUGUGCAAUUAAUCAAAAUGUAAUUACAAUUACAAUUAUUACACUCCAAGAUUGUAAAAUUGACAUAAUCAUUAAAAAACAUGAUCAAAAUGCAUUAAUAUGCAACAAAACAAUACUUGAAUUUAUUCAUUUGCAACUUUUUUUUAAUUAAAAAAAAAAAAAAAGUUUCAUAAAUUCAGUUCAGUCCAAAAUAUGGGUUUCAAAGAAAUGUAUUUAUUUUUUAAAUGUUUAAACAUUUUGUUGUUUUGCACAAAUGAUCGUUUGAAUAAUUGUGGUUACAAUCAAAAUAAUCGUAAUUAAUAUUUUUUUCAUAAUCGAUCAGCCUCACACAAAUAUAUUGACUUCCAAAACAUGUCGAAACUAUUAAAUUGAAAUGACAUCAAACAACACUACAGUAGGUGUGAUUCCAUUUUUUUGUUUUAUGCAGCUACUCGGGAUGACAGUCAUUCUCCGUAAGCGAUACCUCAUAUCAUGACAUCGUCCUUCUCACCUGACCUUCAUCACUUUUGAGCGAUGCCACAGCUCAGUGCAGGUCACGGUCAAACAGGGUGCAGUAUCACCUGAUAGGAGCUAGCUCGGAACAACUCUUGUGUGUGCUUAGCGGUGUAAUAGAUCAGCCUUAGACUCUGCCAACAGACCGUGAUGUCAAUAUGGGACAGUUUUUGUGCUAAAGAAUCUAAGUGAAUGACUGAUACAUCAAAUAUGUCUGUGUUUCCUCGUGUCUCUAAAUAAACAUUGUUUGCAGAAA